UGGAAGCAACUGGAACACAGUAUUACAAAUUGUUCUAGAGCAAUGAAGCGACGAUAUUCGAGUACGGCAAUCUGGCAAGGCUGAUGGAGAAGCUCGGGACACCCUUAGAAGUCGUGAAGUCUGCGGCUCUUCCAGAAUUCCUUUUUCCUCCAUCGGUUUUGAAGAAUAAUAGAGAUUCAACUGAAUUUGUUAUGCAGUGGGUUGGACCUUUUGCUGUUGAAGGAAAAACGGAGGUAGUAUUUGGAUGUCAACAUCCAUAAGCAAAUUACUACCUCGCUGUACUUUUUUGUUACAGUAUGUUACGAUGUUAUUCGAACGUUUUGGGUUGGCGUCCCUCCGCAAGCCAAUUGCAUUCAAUAAACCGCACGCUACAAAGGGCUCGUGCAAGCCUAAAUGCGCGAAAUGUCGGGUGAACGGCGCCAUCAGAAACGAAGAAGAACAUGCUUAUAAAAUGGAAGCGGAUUUGCCGUACCGGAUCAUGUGCGCUUUGUGCGGUAUUGAUAUCGAGUGGAAUGAGAUGCAGUAUCAUGUCCGAACAGUACAUAAGGACGCCACCUGGAAUGUGUGCCGAUGCUGGGCUCCUCUCGCUGGCCAGUAUGCGCCGAGCACGCCGCACGGAGUGAGCUGUCCGCUGCGAACAUUUCCCCUGAUGACUGGCAAGCGCGGGGAACGAUACCGGCACAAACCGUUCCCGCCGACCAUAGAGAAACGCCCCGAGCCGACAUUUCCGGACAAAAAAGAAACUGUUCGCGUGAAUCUCGGGCUUGUUGUCCGAGAAGGUCGCGCUUGGUGGCAACUAACGUGGCCUUUAUGAAGUGUCGGUCGACCGACAGAUUGCUGUUCUUGCCAUUACUUUGCUUUUUCGUUGUAUUUCUGUUUUUGUUUGGCAAAAAAACUGUUCUUGACGGGCGAUUUUGUUUGAUCUUGUUUUUUUUAAUGGGAAACGAUGGAUUAACAUGUUAUUUUUGA